GGAAUGGAUUUUCAAAUUCGUUGUUCUGGAGAUAAACUAAAGAAUUCCAGCUCCUUCAGUGCAGAGGGGCGAAUGUCUGUGUUUUGUUCAGCUCCCCUGACCUUAUCGAGUAUGAGUUUUACCAAAUAAAGAAUCCGAGGUCCGAUUUCCCGGCAAAUUUUUAGACGGCGCUAAGGAUCAAAAAACAGAGUCUUCUUUUUGUUGAGUCUGUUGAUUUCAAUUUUACUAUCUGCCGAAUCUUUGUUACGGCUGAGGUUUAGUAGCUGUAACUCCUUCAUUUGAAUAGUCCAAUUUUCGUAAUCCCUUUCUUGAUGAUGGGGCUGAGAUUGAUAAGGGUGAUAGCUAGGACACGGAUUCUAAUGGCAAAUGCAAUGGGGUCGAAUCCUUGCAGAUAUGAAGCGACCAGUUUCUAUAGGGACUCCUUUGAUUCUGCCUGCUAAGUAUGCGAAUUUUAGUGCACUGGACUCUGAUGGGUGUAAAAGAUCUGUAUGCUCGUUAAAAGGGGAUUCCCAUUCUCAAUCACCUAGGAGGCGAGGAGAUGGAGGGAGUGGAAGCACCCGAUCUUCUUCAAUCUUGCAAACGUGGCGAGAGAUUGAGGAUGAGCAUGUGGUGGGUCAAGUCCAAGGAAGACCUAGUGAUGAAUUACUUCAGCAAAGGAGUGACGAGUUCAUCACUGACCUCUCACAGGCAAGUAUUCCAGGUAGCCAUGAGACAGGAGAGAGGCAUGUUGUAGAAGAUUCGAUUUUGGGUGAGAAUGAUUGUGAAACAUGGUCACAGUCACAAAGUCAGCUUGAAUCUCCUGACGAGCAGGAUGAAUUAAACAAUUCUAGUUGUGAUAAUUCUUCUGAUCUUGGAGAAAUUGAAAGGGAAAGGGUGAGGCAAAUUUUCAGGGAAUGGAUGAAAAGUGGUGCUGGGGAUCGAGCCACUAACAUUCCCCAAGGUAAUAGCAGUUCAAGAUCAGAAUGGCUGGGUGAAACUGAGCAGGAGAGGGUGAGAAUCAUAAGGGAGUGGGUACAAUUGAGUAGCCAGCAGAGAGUUAUUGCUUCUGGGGACAACAGGGAAGAACAAUCAGCUGAAAUUGGUACCCAAAUAGAACGAGUUCGUGAUGGGUUUGCUGUUAAUCAGAGUGAGGGUCAAACAGAGCAUAUGCGAAGGGGUAUUCGUAAAUUGUGUGGCAGACAGGUCCUGCUUGAUAUGCUUAAGAAGGCUGAGAGGGAAAGACAAAGAGAAGUUCAGGAAUUAUUGGACCAUAGAGCUGUAUCUCAUUUUCCCCAUCGCAACCGCAUUCAGGCAUUUCUCAGGGGUAGGUUCUUGAGAAACGACAGAUCGAUUGAUGUUAACCGGCCCACUUCCAUAGCUGAAAGUGAAUUAGGCUUACUGAGGCAAAAACAGACUGUAUCAGGUCUAAGGGAAGGGUUUUUCUCUGGGAAGGACAAUUCUAGUGGAAGUCAAGUAAUUUGCGCUCUGUCAGAUACCUCAUCCAACAGUGGCAUUGAUGAUAAUUCAAACGAGCAAACUGACUCCAGCAGCUUACCUUUGGUCUCAAUUGUACAUUUUGAACAGUCUGAACCUACCGUUGGAGGAAGUGAUGGAGUUGGGAUUGUAGAUGGUCAGAGUUUUACUCAAGUAACCAUUACGGAAGAUUUAGAUUGUCAAGACCCCGCUGCUGAUAUAGGAGGGUCAUCACAGCUUUUGGAAUUUGAGUCAAGAGAUUGCCAAUCAUCAUCCAGUACUGGGAUGAGAAGAAGAGAUGAUAGUGGGCAAUAUGUUGUUGUGAUGGGAGUUGAAGAUACCAUUGAUGGACUCAUGCAACAGAGUUGUCAGAUUGAAGUUACAGAAUAUAGCAACAUGCAGGGAUCUAGUGAGGUAUAUCCUGAGGAAUCGGAGCCGAGGGUCACAAGCAAUGAUGAUAAUGGUUUAUCAGCUUCUAGUGAUGUUAUGGAAGCCACUAUGGUAGAUGAUGAAAAUAGGUAUGACUCUACUGCUCUGGAAGAACAUCAGCAGGAAGAAAUUAUUGAAAAUGAAGGAAGUGAUGAAUCCCUGAGAAAUGGCUUAGAGGGAAGUCUAGAUGAUAAUCGUCCUGGUGGUACAGCCAAUGAGUGGCCUCAAGACAUUUUGGGCAAUGAAGAUGGGGAAAAUUCUCAUCUACCAGAAGCCCCAGAAAUGUGGCAGGAGGAUGGUGGCUUUCAGGAGGCUGUGGAAAAUUGGUUGGGUGGACCUUCUGAUCAUGAAGUUGCUCCAGUUGGUAGAAUACAUGGCUUUUACUUUCCAGAUGAUGACAAUGUGAACAGCGUGGAACUCAGGGAACUGCUAAAUAGGAGAAGUGUUUCCAACCUCCUUGGCAGCAGUUUUCGCGAAAGUCUUGACCAGUUGAUACAAUCAUAUGUUGAAAGGCAAGGUCAUGCUCAUGUUGAGUGGGAGCUGCAAGAAACAACUCCUUCUUCUGCCUCAGUUGAACAGGACCUGGAGCAGCCGCGUAGGGAUCAGAUUGUUGGUCAGGAGGAUACCAUCAACAUUCCACUUGACCAACCUUCAUCACCAACACCUCCUGAGCCUCUCUGGGAACGACAUUCCAAUCAUGACAAUUGGCCGCGAGCUGAGAUGAAUAAUCAGCAUCCAGGAAUUGGGCAUUCAUUUUCUUUGGAGUGGGAGAUUAUCAAUGACUUGAGAAUUGACAUGGCUAGGCUACAGCAAAGAAUGAAUAAUAUGCAGAGAAUGUUGGAGGCCUGUAUGGAUAUGCAGCUUGAGUUGCAGCGCUCAAUAAGACAGGAAGUUUCUGCAGCCCUAAAUCGCUCAGCUGGUUCAUCAGAUAUGCAUGACCAUGAUUCACCCGAUGUAAAGUCUAAAUGGGAAUGCGUAAGAAAAGGACUAUGUUGUAUAUGCCGCGCAAGCAAUAUUGAUUCUUUGUUGUACAGAUGCGGGCACAUGUGCACUUGUUCAAAAUGUGCCAAUGAGCUGUUCCAAAGUAGAAGAAAGUGUCCAAUGUGUCAAGCGCCUGUGGUGGAGGUGAUACGUGCUUAUUCUAUACUAUAACUUCGACGUGAAAAUAAUGCCCACACUUUUAACAAAAUACAGGAACCUGACCAGUAGUAGAUCCUGGACAUUUUCCAGGUAUAUUUUCCCCCCUUUCAGAUUUCAUGAUGUCUGUAUUUAUGCUGAGUGCACAGAUGGGGAUACCCACCCUAUAGCAUUUUUUUCGCCCUCGACUCUGAAAUGAAUAAAAAAAAAAUAUGCUGUUUACGGAGCU